AAUUUGACCUUGGGUUUAGUCAAACAUGACCUUGUUGUCGAUGGUCGGGCAACCUGCAACGGCAAAAUAAGUAAUAGGAGGUUUAUUUAGCUGCCAAAAAGCUGCUAAUUGACGAAUUUUCAAAAGCCAUCUCUUCUCGGAGGAAUUUCUCCUAAAAUAUCGUUCAAUGUCAAUAAACAUUGGUGCCCCCUUUGUACCAAUGUCCGUGUCUGAAUAAGUAAAUAAUAAUGGACGAUAUCAGAGCUGAUGGUAAUAUGGAAAAAGACUGAAAGAUGGCGCUAAUUUACGAUACUAAUUUUUUUCUGAACCAUGUAGAAGAAAUGAAUUUAUCGACGGCAAUCUUUGAUGUUGGAUUUUUAUGCUGUUUCGUCAACAUUUGAAAAGAUGAAAUAAUUAUGUAGUCUAUUGGAAGGACUCAAUACUUCAUUAUAAGUUUCCAUACAAAUAUUUCGACAGGCUAGUCUACUUUGCUUUCAUCAUCUUCAUGAAAACAUAUAUGGACUUCUAUUCCUUUUUCUAUUUCCAGUAUUCAAUUGAUUAGAAAUUAGUAAUGACAGAAAAUAUAUUACGAAUAAAGUAAUAAACUGGAGCCAUAAUUUAACCUUCAAAUCUUCAUUUGAGAGUUUUUCGUAGUUUGACGUUACUUUACCUUCUUAUAGACCUUCCUGAUUUGAAUGUUUUCCGUAAUACAUACCUUUAUCUGUGUAUACAGAAAACUAAAGGGAUUAAAACUAGUGGUCUGUAGAAUGCUUUACUCUUUUCUGUAAUAUGUGCCUUCUAUGCGUUUAGUGUUGCUAGUUAUUUGUUCGAUUUGAUAAUCACUCACAUCACGGAAUGAUAACUAGGAAAGUGAUUGAAAACUAUAUGUCACUGGACAGUUGUUCUGACAUCGUCUAGAUUCGUCUGUAUCUGCUUGCAAAAUAAACCCCAGUACUUUUCGGUCUUACCGUGGGUAAGUCCCAAAGUUGGCAGCCCCAACUUCAGUCAAUAUAGCAAUUAUUUCAACCGCUAGUCAGUUUCAUUGAUGUGUUUUACUUAUUUGUUAGUACAAAUAUACACCAAAAUAAAUGUGCACCACACAAAUAAGUGAAUAAAAUUAGGAGGCGAUAUACAGCGAAUAAAGAACGUGAGUAAAACACUAUGGAGGAAACUCGAAAGAAUCCUAUCAGUCAAACAAGUCCCUCCUUAUUUUACAAAGAAAGUAAAUGAAAGUUACGGUGGGAUUUCCAUUGGUUUCUAUUGUAAGCGAUGUCUGAUGACAUUACAAGUCACUGAGUGACUCUCUCUCCCGGACCCCAACCAAGGAGUUGUUAUAAACCGAUAAGAGUCCUAUAUACCGUCAUUUCAUAUAUCGGUACCACAUCACAAACUGACCACCUGCCGUUUUUCUAACCAGUUCCAGCGUCAGUAAUUAAUGCACUAUGUGGCAGUUGCUACGACAGCCGAAUCAUAUAAAGGUGCUACAAGGUUCCCCGAUAAGCACUCGCAAAACAAGAUUUUCGAUUCGAUAGAUGGAGAGCUAGUUUCCAGUACUUCACUAUAGUCUCGAAUAUACAGCUAACAUCUAUGUUGCCAUUUCCCAAAGAAAUAGCUAGACCUAUCUGUUUUCGAUAUGCAUUAGUGUCUGAGAAUUGAGGAAGAUCAAUUUGAAUGACACAUGUAGUUUCAGAAAAGCUGAUUAGGAGUUCAUACUCUGUGAGAACAUCCAAACUUUCGACCAAUCAGUGACGUGAGUUCGUUUAGACAGAAGAUUUCUACUGUAAAUGAACCGUAUUAGUUUGAAACUAAGCGGGGUGAUAACAUAGUAUAAUAGAAAAGUGGUCCAGGGUAAGAUAAAAAUACAUUAAUUAAAUGGGUAGUAAUUAUCUUUUGAGUUAGUAAUAAAGCAGAGUAAAUAGACCAAUUACUUCAUAAUCAUUCACUGUCACUGGUGGAUAUCUGUUUCAUUUAUAACUUUUUCUGAUUCAAUAUUUUAUGGCCUUAUUAUAAUUUCAGAACGACUAUCUAGAAGCAAGUUAUCCAGCCUGACUCUAAUCCUUAUUGUGAAUUGUGUUUAAAUAUACUACUUUUUUGUGUACAAUGGUAAGUAAAGGCCGUGUCCAAUUUUGUGUACAUCAUAAAUAAGACAUUUUCUGCUAUCAGAAACAGCAUUCAACUGGUUGAAGAGUAAGGGGUCACUCUAAUAUGUUGUCGAUUUAAGUUAGCACAGGUACCAUUUUAGUUUCAUCUGUAAAACGAAUACUUCGCAAUUGGCGGUAGUAAAUUGUCCCAUUCUAUGUAGCCACAUUUAUUUCUGUCGAUCAAUACACUCGUAGCCAGGUAGGUCUUCCAACAUACCAACUACUAAGGUGGUGAUAUAGUUGUUGGAGACAAUAAUCAAUGUAAAACAUAUCGGCCAAAACAAAAAGUAUGCUCAAAGCGACUAGUUAAGCACUUCAAAGUACACGUUCACAAAGUAGGAUGAACGCUUAAGAUCGAAUCUUUAAAUGUUAUCUGUAAAAUAUAAUAAAAUCCUACUUAAUUAGAUGUUCAAAUAUAAAAAAUAUUUCGAAUUUCAGUAGAAAUGGCAAUUCAACGUCUCCUUAUAUAACAAAAUAGGCCUGCAAAAUUAAAACAAUGUCUUUACAAAAUAUUGGAGAGCAAUAACCAUUCAGUAAACCUUGUACAAAACAAUUAUCUGAUUGAAUAUAUAUAUAUGCAUGCAAAUAAUUAUAUUAUACAAUGUACAUUUUAUGUCUUUACUUUUUCAUAUCAAAAACCUGAAGUUGACAGUUGAACUCGUGUUAAAAAUACUUUAAAAAGCUUUAUACUCAAUUGGAUUUUUCCGUGAAAUAUAAUCAUCGAAACAAUGCCUGUUCCAUAUCCUCAACAUCCAAUCCCUAUUGAAGCGCUUUCUGAAUAUGAUAUUCGUGAAAUACUCUUGGAUGGUCAUGAAAUUCUUGAAAAGCCACUAACUCCAGCUGCAAACUUCCAGAGGAUUAUUAAUCACAUCGAUUUUUCCGAGAGCAGCAGUUAUAGUGAUAAUUGUUCUCAGAAUAAAGAGUCUGAGUUUUUUCCAAAGAACAUUACACCAAAAAUAUGGGAAAAUGUUAAGGAGACCCUACGUACUACCUUGAUUGAAAUCAAUGCUUUGGUUGACGUUCUUUCCAUCAUCAAAGAAGGAAAAUAUCUGGCUAUUAAUCCUGUUGCUGAUGACUCGCAAGAAACUAAUCUUUCUCUUUACCUAUCUGGGAAAAAACGAUCUAUCGCUGCUGCCGCUGAUAUCUUAAUGAAAGGUGCUGAGCGUCUCCGUCGUAGACAUAGUGAAUUGAUUGAUGCUAGAGUCCGUCGAUUGAAUUCAAUUGUUCCUCCUCAGUUUGAUAGUACUCAUAACUCCUUCCAUAAAGCACUAAUGCAUCUACGCCAAGAAUGGAGACUAAAGUUGCAUCAAAAUUCUAUUUUAGGUGAUGUUAGUCUACGGUCAGUUGGUUCUCACUUUAGAGAGUCUGGUAAUUUCGAGAUCCGGGAAUCAGAUGGUUUCGCUGAUAGCAAAUCAGAUGUGGAGUCACAAGACGACAAGUGUGUUGAUGCAGUAACUGGAGUUAUGAUCAUUUUUUCACAGUCUAUGGAAGCUCUUUUAAAUUUAUCUCAUGGACCUGGUUUAUUAAAUGUUGAAUUCCUUGAAUCGGAUAUUAAUUCACUACCCACACCUUUGUUAGAGUUCAUAUUUCAUAAACAACAAAUAUCUUCAUGUUCUAGAGAUCCGUUACCUAUUAAUCAAAGACAAAAACUUUUCAAAGCUCAGAGAUUAUUAGCAUGUCGAGAGAUUUUAUCUUUGCUUAGUUGUGAAGCAAGUACUUCAAAAGAAUAUAAUCAUUUAACUGGUUCUGUCGCUUUUGCCACUCAGGAUAAGAUCAUAGCUACAUUAUUUCCGGGAGUACAAAUAUGUCUGUCGUUCGCUGUUAGACCUACGGUUUUUGGUGAAGAUGUAUUGGGUGACGAAAGACCAAAAUUGCAAGAUAAAAAAUCGGAUCAUACAGUAUCUACUAUGGACUAUUCAAAUUGCAUAAACUUGCAACUACAUCGUAUGUUAGCAGGUCAGCAUCGUGCAGUGUGGCCGAAUCUUGCCAGUUUGCCACAGCCUACAUGUGGCCCUGUAGAGAUUCCUUUAAACUAUCGUUCAGGUGGUGCAAAUGGAUUACAUGCUUCGAAAUUCUCAUCACUACCAUAUAGCACGAAGUUCUCUGGAUUUUCUGUCGCUGUCGCUAGUGUUUCUGGUUUUGCUUCUCAAGCUGCUUCUGCUUUGUGUGUUAUUCACGCUACUAAUCGGACUAACUCAAAUAGUGCUGAGAAAACAAACACCUUUAACCAGCGCUCCCAACCCAUCUUCUCUGGUCAAGAUCGCUUGUCGCUCUUCACAGAAUGGGGACACUCACUCCCAGGUGGAGCCUGUGUUCCAUCAGUUGGGUUUCGUCACGGGGUACCAAACUCUGCUGAUGAUUCAGUCCCUGGCACAAGUGACAUCGCUAUGCUGGAAUAUACCCUGUUAUCUCGAGGAGUUGAUGAAGACACAAUGAAAACCGUUCUUGGUACGAAUCCGUCUUUACUUAGUCGAACCAUUGCCAUAUCUCGUCAUCACUAUCUUCGAGAUCAAGUAUACUCCAUCAUAUCCGAACUUUCUCAAUGUUCUCCUAUUAAGAUUAUUGCUCAUUGGGAUACUUUUAAUUCUGCUACUGAAACGUCAGUCAGAUUGUGUUUUUACUGUACAGAUUAUGAUGCCUAUCGUUCGUGGUUAGGUGUAACAAUUACACCUAAUGGUCUUGUGGUGUUGUAUGCAGACCCUCCUAGAACAUAUCGUUUAGGUAUGGAUCUAAACAGACUCAAAGAUGUUUUGAGCAAUCAGGUAUUGUAUACACAAAUGAAUUAUAUAGAUAUAUUGGCUAUAAAAAUUUUGGGUUGGGUUCGACUAGGGAAUAAUCCAUUUUCAGCAGUAGCCAAUCCUGAAGAAAUCGGUGAUGGUCCAGUGAUAGUAAAAAUGUUUGCAUCUCCUUCUGCUAAACAUUUAAUUUGUUUACGUGCAAGCGCUGUCAUGGAUAUUCGAAUGUUUGUUUCUCGUUGUAGUCCAUGCGACUACCAAUUUACUACCGAUCAUAAAGAUAUAUUUUCAAAUCAAGACUUUCGUGAAGUAUUUCUUUCUCGUAUGUAUGGAAAAAGUUUGGUGUCCAAAGUUGAAGCACUUAUGACUUUAUUAUCCUAAUGAAAGUAUUAUAAAAUAUUUUGUUUUAAUUGUGUAAAUAAAUAUUGCUCUAUA